AUGUCCAAACGCACUCUCGACACCUUCUUCAUCCGGGCACCAAGCCCCAAAAAGCCCCGGGUCGACAGCUCUCCCAUUGCCACAGCUGUAUCUGCACCAACCAAGAGAACCAACCAUGCGACAUAUCCUUGGCCCAUAGUCCAUUUUCCAGAGCACAUAGCUGAUGAAAUCGAACUUCUCGUGACAGCGCAAGGCAAAGAGAUCAAAGAUCAACCGCAUCUCGACCUGCUAUACUUCCAGCCUUUCAUCCCUAAAGCCAUCGAGCGCGAAAUCUUUGAGUUUCUCCGCGCCGAGCUCUUCUUCUAUCGCGUCAAGUACACCAUCAAGCGCUUCGGCAAGGAAACUCUCAUCAACACCCCGCGCUUCACCAGCGUCUUCGGCAUUGACGCGACAAGCCGCUUCGUGGACGACGGGGCCAGGAUCGUUGAGGCAUCUGACCCGUCCAAAACCGUUCGCAAGGAUAAAUAUAAAUGCAAUCCGCGGCCCAUCCCCGAAUGCCUUGACUUUCUGCGCCGAGUGACCGAAGCGAACACCAAUACCAAGUUCAAUUUCUGCUUAGUCAACUAUUACGCCUCGGGAAGCGACAGCAUCUCGUUCCACAGCGACGACGAGCGCUUUCUCGGCACGGAUCCGGCCAUUGCCUCCUUCACACUGGGCGCGAAGCGUGACUUUCUGAUGAAGCAUAAACCCCCCAAAGAAGGUGAGCCUAAACUCGAGACCAAAGACAUCAAGAUACAGUUGGCCAGUGGCGACAUGAUCCUGAUGCGUGGCCAAACCCAAUCGAACUGGCUUCACAGCAUCCCCAAGCGGAAAGGCGGCGAAGCUGACAAAGGGCGGAUCAACAUUACCCUGCGGCGAGCAAUGAUACCCGCCGGCACCGAGAACUAUUACCGAUACAAUGUCGGUGAAGGUGAUGUGUAUAAAUGGGACAAGUCCAAACGCGAGAUGGCGCCUUGGUCGAAAUCAACUGACUCGUGA